ACUUCGGAAAAUGGAGUCUUGAAGAAAUAACGGAGUAGGUGUCAUCAACACGCGUAUGGUCAGCCGACCAUAGCCUGUGCUAAUGCGCAUGCUUGAAAAUAUCAUGCUCGCUGACUGAUAUAUUUACGAUAAAUUGGGCGAGCGGUACAAACGCAAAUAUGGGUCGCAAGAUACCGGCGAAGAAACACCGAGGCGUCAAGGAUCCCGAGAAACAGCGUGCCAAGCGCUUAGCGGAGUUAGAGUCGCGCACGAAUGCGGCACCAAAGGAUACGGAUGAGCAGGCGAUCCCGAAGAGUCUCGAACGCGUAAUCAAAUUAAAGGAAGCUGCAAAACAUAAUAAUGGCAUUCUGAAAAGAAAGCGAAGAAAGAAGAACGCGCUCAUUUGCGUAGGUCAGCAACAAAAACCUAAACUAGGUUCACAUCCAAAAGCAAAACCAGAGAAAAUUGUGCCGGUGUUUCAGCAGCGACCAGAUGAAUCUGGUGAAAUAUUUUUGCACAGAGUUUCCAGAGACACAUAUGCCUUUCUCAAGGAGACUGCAUUUGAGAAGAAGUACGGUGUUCAGAUUGAGCGGAACUCUGAAACUGGUCAAAUCCAGGGUCUAACAAAGUGCAAACGCGAAAAAGACGAUGUAGAAAUGUUGCGAGCUAAACACAAAAACAUUAAGAAAAAAAGGAAAACAACUGAGAGUCCUUUAACCAAGAGCGAGAAACGAAAGCUGAAGUUGCAGUUGAAGAAAGAAAAGAAAGUAAAAGAUUCUGAUGAAUUCGAGAAUUUGCAAGACAAGGUUGCCUUUAAUGAAGUAGUUCAUGAACCUCCAAAGUUGAAUAUCAAAUCGAAGAAAAUUAAUGAAGAGAGAAAACCGAAGAAUUUGUUACUGAAUUCACUAUUGGAAAAUUCUAAGCUUUCUCCCAUUUCCAAAGUGAUUGAUCGGUCUGGAAAGAGAAAAAACUUACCUGUGAUAGAGAGAAGAAAACUGGAGAAACAACAAAGCGAAGCUAUUGCUGCCUACAGACAACUGAAAUCCCAGCGAUUGGCUAAUACAAGCUGCUAGGGUAUGUUUAAAAUUUAUAAAGACAAUAAAUUGUUUCAAUAAAGAAUUUAUAUUUGUUUUCUUUUUCUUAA